AUGUGCAAGUUAAAAAAAAGUGUUAAAAAAAUGCACGAGAUCGGUGUGGACGACGAGAAGUCUACGGACAGCGACUGUGAGCCAUUUUUUGUUUCUUCUGUUUAUAAUAUUAAUGAAAUUAACUCGUCUCACAACUGGUUUGAGAUACUUCGAGGCGAGCAUGGUUUUGAGAAGUUUAAAUUGGAUACGGGAGCAGAUAUAAAUGUCUUAUCCCUUAAGCGUUAUCUGUCACUAGGUUAUGAUAUAAACAGUAUUUGUACGGAUUCAAAUAUUAUACUCCAAGCAUAUGGAGGUAAUUCGAUUCCUAUAAGGGGAACUUCAAUUUUACAGUGGUGGUAUAAGAAUGUUCUCUAUGAAUUAAAAUUCGCUAUCGCUGAUAUCGAUUGUCAAAGUGUGCUAGGAUAUGAAUCGUGUGAAACCUUGGGGUUGAUAAAGAGGAUUCACAGCGUUAAUUACCCUCAGGCUAAUGGCAAGAGCGAAAGAGCCGUACAAACUCUUAAAAAAAUGUUAACAAAAACAAUAGACAGUGAUGGCGACUUUUAUUUAAAUUUAUUGAGUUACAGAAAUACUCCCCGCGAUAAUAAUUUGAAUUCUCCUGCUCAACUGUUAAUGGGUCGACGAUUAAAUUGUCGAUUACCGGUUCAUCCUGAUUUAUUAAAAGUGAAUAACGAUGUGGACCAUAAAAUAAUUGUAAAUAAACAAAAGAAAACCAAGCUAUAUUAUGAUCAACGAUGUAAACAACUGCCUGAAUUGAAUGUCGGCGAUGACGUCAUUAUGAUAGAAAACAACGAUAGGAUCCGAGGUACGGUUAUAGCACGGGCUUGUACACCGCGGUCUUAUAUUAUAAAAAAUAAAAAAGGUAUUUACCGCCGCAAUCGCCGACACUUAAUUCAAAGUAUGCCCAAUAAUAAAUAUGAGGAAACUAUAGGGGAGGAAUGUCCGUAUCUAUCGGCUAAUGAUGAUGAUGGUGAUGAAUUAUAUGUACCCAAUUGCAAAAUUAGAGAGAGUGUUUACAAAUCUUAUUCACCGCCACGUACCCGCAGGCAGUUACCAAAAUAA